AUGGUGAGAAUGAAUGUGCUUGCAGACUGUCUCAAAAGCAUCAUCAAUGCUGAAAAAAGAGGAAAGCGGCAAGUACUCAUUAGGCCUGCCUCAAAAGUUGUCAUAAGAUUCCUUCGCUUAAUGCAAAAGCACGGGUACAUUGGAGAAUUCGAAGUUAUUGAUGACCACAGGUCUAAUAAAAUUGUAGUCGACUUGGUUGGAAGACUAAACAAAUGUGGAGUUAUCUCGCCAAGAUUUGACAUUGCCCUGACUGAUAUUGAGCAGGUCGCGACUGAUUUAUUACCAUCUAGACAAUUUGGAUACGUUGUUUUGACCACAACUUAUGGAAUCCUUGACCACGAAGAAGCACGUAAAAGACACACUGGAGGGAAACUGCUUGGAUACUUUUUCUAA